UCUCAUUUUAUAAAGGAGAAGGAACAUUCACUCUCACGCGCUUCAACUUUCUCCAGAAACAAGAAAAUAUCACAGCAAAAAUUUUCUCGAGAAAAUCCGAAGAAGACAAAAAAAAUGGCGGAUCAGCUAACCGAUGACCAGAUCUCCGAGUUCAAGGAAGCUUUUAGCCUAUUCGACAAAGACGGAGAUGGUCUCUUCUUCUUCUUCUUCUUCUUCUUCUUCUCUCAGAUCUCUUUCUCUUGUCGUUUUUUUUUUAGAUUUCUUCGCGGUGAUCGUGAAUCUCUGCACAUUUCGUUUAUUGUUUCAUGUGAUUUGAAGAACGAUCUCGUUUUGAUUCGUUCAGUCUUGCUCACAUCUCCAGAGUGUUUAGGGUUGAUUUUUGCUUCUAUAGAAGGAUCUAGAAUAUGUAGAAUCUCCUUUAGUAUAUUCGUUGAUGAUUACUAAGAUUUGUAGUUAUGGAAUCUUGUUUAAUUAGGUUAUUCAUCAUAUUCUAGAUCCUACAUUGGAAUCGUACAUUGGAAUCUAGUUGUUUCUCUGUGAUUUACUAUGAUUCUGAACAAAUCCUGUGAUUAUAAUCAUGCGGAUUUGUACGUUCUCACAAAAUUUAGUGGCAUUGUGGUUUUAAGAUUCAAUUGUAACAUGUAGAUUUAUCUGCAGAUGUUUAUACUCAAAAUCUAAAAAACGAAAUUUGGUUUAUUGUGUGAUGUUGCCAAAUAGAAAAAUAGAGAAAGAAGUUGAUAAUAUCAUCUCUGUUGUUCUUCUUUACAAUAGUUGAGAACUUGCAACGGUGUGCAUUUUGUGAUGCUUAUUGGCAAUACCAUCAUAUUUAGAACAUUGUGCAUUUCCUGGCCUUUGAUUACUAAGAGAAUAACAUCAUAUUUAGAACAUUGUGCAUUUCCUGGCCUUUGAUUACUAAGAGAAUACCAUCAUAUUUAGAACAUUGUGCAUUUCCUGGCCUUUGAUUAGAAAGAGGCUUUAAAUGUUGCUUGGUGGUUUGUGUGCAAGAAGUUUCUUUGUUAACUUGGUAGAUGAUUUCCGAACAAUCAGUUUUACUUGUCGAAUCGUCGUCCUUUUAAAUGAGAUAUACUAUGAUUGGGGUUAGUAGUGUAAGGAUAUUUUACUAAGAGCAUUUUUGAGCUUUCUUGCAUUUGAAAACUUGACAUAUUACUUGUGUUUAAGAUAAUUGGUUUAUAUAUCUUCCUGAUCUUGUUGACAAUAUUAGUGUUCAUAAAGUUAUACUCGGAACUCUUGCGUUACAAAAUCUGAAGUUGUGUCCAAUUUUGGUUUGAUUGCAGGUUGUAUCACCACAAAGGAGCUUGGGACUGUGAUGAGAUCACUUGGGCAGAACCCGACAGAAGCCGAGCUCCAGGACAUGAUCAACGAAGUGGAUGCAGACGGGAACGGGACAAUAGAUUUCCCAGAGUUCCUGAACCUAAUGGCACGUAAGAUGAAAGACACUGAUUCAGAGGAAGAGCUUAAGGAAGCCUUCAGGGUUUUUGACAAGGACCAGAACGGUUUCAUCUCGGCGGCUGAGCUUCGUCACGUGAUGACAAAUCUUGGGGAGAAGUUGACGGAUGAGGAAGUCGAUGAGAUGAUCCGAGAGGCUGACGUCGAUGGUGAUGGUCAGAUCAACUAUGAAGAGUUCGUCAAAGUCAUGAUGGCAAAGUGAGAUUCUUCUUAUCCCUCGAAAUCCUAAGCAUGUUUUUCUUUUACAUCUUUAAAACUGAGAAAAGUAAUUUAUUGAACCAAAAGAAACAGAGAGAUUUGCUUCCUUGUUUGUUUUGUUGAUCGUGAUUUUUUGGUAACGUUGCUUCUUCUUUGCCUUUUGGUUUUGUUAUUGUCCGUGACGUUUGAACUCAUAAUUUGCUUUAGUCUCUCGAGUCAUGACCACUUGAUGAUGUUAUUUUCUCUUUUCUCUAAAAUAUUGCAGUUUAUUGAGAUCGACU